UUUCGCGAGAGCAGAAGGAUCUCGGGUCACAAUUCAUCAUUGUCAAGUUGACAUAGUUCCCUUUCGGUGUGCAAUUUCUGGCCAGAAGUGCACAAUUAACUAGAGGACUUUCAUUUGAUUUAUUGUUUAGUUAAAAAAAAUCACGAGAGAUUACUGGUUUUAGUUUAAGGAAUAUCAUAAAGUCCUUUAAGAAAAAUAAUCUCAGCUAAAAAAAAAAGGAAAUAAGGUUGUGGUGAAGUGUGAAAGAAGAAUAUUACAACCAUUAUCCAUUAUGACACUAAUUUAUCGUGUUAUUUUCCACGAAAGAAAAUCACUAAAGCAACACUAUACCGAGUUAUUGUGAAAGGAGGACAAAGGAAAAGAGAAUAAAAAAGGAUUUACUAAAGUUUUGUAGUGCGUUAACAAAAGAAUCAAGUGACAACGUCUUGUGUUUUUGAAAAGAAAAAUAUUGAGAAGAGACAAUAAAAAGAUUUUCAUGCAGAAACAAUCAAUUGAGGUGGAGGAACAAAAACAAGAGAGGCAUAAAAUAAUGUUUAUUGUUGUGUGAUAUGAAGUGAAUUGAAGUGAAUUAUUGCAAUAAAAUAAAACAAAAAAAAAGCAGACAAAAAAAACAAAACAAAAAAAAGUGGAUAAGCAGCCAAAAACGUGCAAAGCAAAAAAGUAGAAAAGGAGAGCGCUUUUAUGGAAGAUACUUGAGGCAUAAUAUGGAAUUAUUUACAAGGAAACUUUUACCACUGUGGACUAUAUACAUUUUUGGAUUAUUUGUCAAGUCUGGUUGGGGAUUACAAGGCACUCCAACAUGGAUAUGUUUGGGAAUAAAAUCACCAUUUAUCGAAUUCAAAAACGAAUACGAAACACUCUCCAACAUAAGUAUAUCAAUGAAUUUAACAAUUGACGAGAGCAAUGGCGUGACACUAAAUCGUAACUUGGGAAAUUCAUCACCAUCGACAAAUGCCAUUGACAAUCUCCAAAUAGCACCCCAAAAUACCGGAUUGCUGGGGAAGCAGAGACUAUUGAGUCGUAUUGAAGUAAUAACACCGCCAACAUCGACACCAUCGACAUCACAAUUGCUGGGCACCAUUGAGAGAGCAUCAACAAUUAAGACUGAAUACAUCACGAGUGCAUCGAUAAGUAAUGUUUACGAUCGCGAGAUUCGCAUAAUUGAAGAAAUUCCACCGGCCAGUGAUCAAACAGCGGGUGGUGAUCAGCAGAUGAUGUCGGUGAAUGAUCGCAAAUACAUUAUCCCAAUGGCAUUGAAACAGAGCACAAAAGAACCCCGCAAGAGUUCAAUCUUUCGUGAUUCAGCCACAACCACCAAUAUCGACGAUCUCAAGCGUCACAUUGUGAUGCUGCACAAUCUCACUAAGCAUGAUCGCAAUUUCAAAAGUAAAUUCGUACAAUUUCCCUCCCUGAGGCAUCACAAUGACACAAUUGCUAACAGUACAGUCAAAAGUUCAGGAGAUAGUCUCGGAAAUACUACAGAAAAUCCACCAUUGAAGAUAGAUCCUCUGCCAAAGACCCAAGAUAUCCUACGAGAUACAGACGAAGAUCGUAUGGAUGAUAGUGAUCUUGAAUUGUUGAUUAAUCACGAAAAAGUCACCAUAGUUCCUCAGGUCUUCCUCCAGAAUGAUCAGACACCCAUCAAUGCUGCUCCGGAAAACAGUAGCACUCCCCAUGUACGAAUCAAUCACGAAAAUCUUCCAACUACAAAAUCUCCACGGAGAUCUAAAGAAAAACCCCUUCGAGCCAAUGAAGAUAUCAAGAAGCAACAGAAAAAGAAACGCAAGAAACAACCGAAUAAAGUGUGCAAGGAAAUUAACGAUAAAGUCAUUGGAAAUUGCACUCUGGCCACAGCAUGGCGCAAUAGAAAGGGUAGAAAAAUGGCCAGAAACGUCACAACGGAAAUCCCUCCUGGAAAUAACAAGAAACUCCAGCGAGUACCAAGAAAUGAACGGAGUCACUCAAUUGAAAACCAACCAAUAAAUCCACCAAAUAUUUACACAGAAACCAUCGACAUCAAUCCAAGUCUCUGCCAUCAAGUGGGUGGUUUGAGCUAUGGACAGCAGAAACUCUGUGUUCUGCACACCAGCAUCAUGCCAGCCAUCAGUCGAGGUGCCCGUUCAGCUAUUCAGGAAUGUAAACAUCAAUUCAAGAAUCGCAGGUGGAAUUGUUCAACAGUUGAUGAUGACACAGUUUUCGGACCAAUUACCAGCAUUGGAUCACCCGAAAUGGCAUUCAUCCAUGCUCUAGCUGCGGCCGGAGUGGCAAGUUUUAUUGCCCGAGCUUGCCGGGAUGGUCAAUUGGCGUCAUGUGGUUGCUCAAGAAGUUCCAGACCCAAGCAACUCCACAGAGAUUGGACUUGGGGCGGAUGUGGAGACGAUUUAGAAUUUGGAUACAAAUUUUCUCAGACAUUCAUUGAUAUACGCGAAAAGGAGAAGAAACGUGGACCACGUGGAUUAAUGACACUCCCACAGCGAAUUGAUAAGAUAGAUGAGAAAAUUUCCCCUGAAAUUACCAAUGACACCGAACACCAGCACCAGCCACUCUUCAAGCCAGAAGACAUAAAGGAGUUGCAGGAGAAAAUUAAGAAGGAAAUUGAAGAAUCAAAGCUUCAGGAAAAGGAAAUGCAAGAACUUCAGGAAAAAAUAAACCGUGAGAUAUUCAAUUCCAAAAUCUUCAAUUUGGAAAAUAGAGCAAUGUACGUGAACAAUCGAAGACAAAAAGGCGCUCUGAGUAGAAUUAAACUGUCCGGGACAUCCCUCAAAGCCCGGAGUCUGAUGAAUCUUCACAACAAUGAAGUUGGAAGAAGAGCCGUCAUCAAGAAGUCGCGCAUCACAUGCAAAUGUCACGGGGUUUCCGGUAGUUGCAGCCUCAUCACGUGCUGGCAGCAAUUGUCCUCUAUGCGUGAAAUCGGGAAUUAUCUUAGAGAAAAAUACGAUGAAGCCACCAGAGUGAAAAUCAAUAAGCGAGGACGUCUACAGGUUCAUGAUUCGCGCUUUAAGAUACCCACGGCUCUUGAUCUGGUGUAUUUGGAUGAGAGUCCUGAUUGGUGUCGCAACAGCAAACAACUCCAAUGGCAGGGCACUCACGGGAGGGUAUGCAACAAAACUUCGUCAGGAUUGGACAGUUGCUCGAUCCUGUGCUGCGGAAGAGGCUACAACACCAAGAAGAUCGUCGUCCGGGAACGUUGCAAUUGCAAAUUCCAGUGGUGUUGCCACGUCAAAUGCGACAUUUGUGUGAAAGUUAUCGAGGAGUACACUUGCAAGUGAGGAAAUACAAGGCCAAGAAGUAUCAGAAAUGCUCAAAAAGACCUACUUCCGGCAAUAUUUGAAAACAUUGAACUAAAGAAAAUCCGACGGUCCCAACGCCAUAUUUGUGUGCCGCAUUCUCCCACUUUAAACCACAUUUUUCUCACAAAUUCCACCCCACAUCGCUCUAUCAUAGUUAAUACUAUUUAUUUAUUGUAACUCUAUCGUCGCAUAAGUAUUUAAUGUAGUGAAAAAUCGUGAAAAUAAAACUUAUCCUCAAAAGUUCCGCCAUCACA